AUGGCUUCUCCUGCACUGCAGCAGAUUCAUGCCCCGACAUUCAGUAUAAGCGACUCCGAAGAUGAUCAGGGAGGCGACACUGUAGAAAGAUGGAACAUGAGGGAUGUUCAAAUGUGGAUACAGCUGGCGCCUAUCCCCGAUACUCUGAUUGUACCAGACUCCCACACGAACAGUGCUGAACGCUUUGCAUUCGGUCUCUUAAGCACGGGAUGGGCAUCAUAUGCAGACAUGGGCCUACUAAUGGACUUAUUGCCAUCUGCCUCGCGUUCACGCCGAAGCAGCGUGACAGACCUAACGCAGACCGGCGGGAAACUUUUCUACUGUGGUGCAUACCGGCAUGGACCGAUGGGUGGACUCAUGACCAAUACCAUGCAAUACCCGAACGUUAGCAGGUUGCUAGCAUCCUGCAUCAAGGGUCUUUCCCCUGCAGCGUGCUUCACAUCGCUGGCGUUCCACAGGAACAUUCUCACCUCCCCGCAUAUCGACAACAACGAGCCUGGCAUAAACAACCUAAUCGUUCCGCUUAGCAGAUGGAAGGGAGGACAACUCUGGGUGGCCAAUCCCCAUGGACGUGAUUACAUUCGAGCAGCCACGGUCCCGGGCAACAUCAUUCAGGUCUCUCCACCCAUGAUAGCUAUUGACGCCAAUAAGUUGCACGCCACCAUGCCAUGGGAAGGCGGGGAUAGACUAAUCCUCAUUGCCUACCACGUACGUCAGCCGGUUCUGUCACCCAGAGAACGAUGCAUUCUCGCCAAUAUAGGCAUUACGCCGUCUUCCCCUUCAUCACACACUGUGGUAAUUGACUGA